UUGUUGACAAAUGUACACAAAACAGUAAAACAAUACAUGUAAUUAUUUUCAAAAUUUAUUUAUAAAUUACUUUCCUUUAUGAAACGUAAUUAUUUUAUAUUAACUUUGUUUCUAGUUAUGAAAAUUUAAUAUUUAUUAAAAGUGAGGUGAUAACUCGAGGAGCAAAAUGACUGAUACGAAACCAGUAGAUCCACCAGAAUGGAUCCACCCGGACCAAAUAAUGGAGAUGCAUCGUUUAAAGGUGAAGAAACGCGCUCUUCAGGCGCGGAUGAACCGCAGUAAAGUUGACCACGACAAACCAUCACUGAACAUAUCAAUUGAAAAGUCACCUUCUAAGUCAGACAGCCCACUGUCGCAGAAACGUAAAAAUCCGUUUCUUAAAAACGACAGCAUUAAGCGGUCUCGUGAAGAAGUGACACCAGAACUGGAUGCCAGUUGCGAUUCUGUUCUUUUUGAACUGAUGAAACUUAAACCACCGGAGAGUAAAAAAGUUUUUCUACACAAUGAGGAUUCCAGUUCGAAUUUGUCUUUUUCCAGUGUCCUGUCUAAACUGGAACUUCAUGAAAGGGUUCCAGAACCUGAAGUACCUAAAGGUGAACCCUAUAUCCCGAUGGACUGGACUCUAAAUACUAAAAUGAGAUUCAUGUCACCGAAACCAUUUGCCUGGAAUGGUAAACUAAAGACAAGUGAACAGGCAUCUGGUACCACUGGGUUCGUCAGAUGUUUGGAUACUGGAGAGCAACAAACUACGUUAGAUACUAGUCCUAAUGCACGGUUUCAUCAAUGCUGUCUAGUAUGGCAACACCCAUCGUUGCCUUGGCUAGAUCUGUAUCCCCGAUCGGCAGGAAAAGUGAGCGCCUCACUGGCCAGUAAUUCAGCGGUAUCGAAUAAUCAGUUCAUAAAAGACGCACUUUUUUCUGAGUGGAGCGAAAGCUUUCGUUCGCUCUUUCAUCUACUGCGUGCAGGACAGUGCCCGUACUUUUAUGUAUGUGCUAAUACAUUCACGGUUCUGUUUCGCGCUGCGGGAAUAUGUGGGAUUUCGGAAGUGCACGCAUUACUGACACCCACGACACGUGGAUUCAGACAGUCACUUAAGCAGCAAGAUAUUGAGUACACGAUGCCACUGCGUAUGGGAGGCAAAAGACGCUCUGAUGUAACUGAUUCCGGGUGUGACACUUUUGACUCAACUACUUAUAAUCCGGAAGAUGCUAAUCCUGACUAUAAUACUGAUGACAAUGACGAUGAUGAUGCUAAAGAUAAUCUCCUAGAGAGUUUAGGGAUUGAGGACUCGGAAAUAAAAAGAAUAAAUAAAUGCCAAAAGAGAAUUGUUAUGGACAAGGAGAGUGAAGUUGAUGCGUCGAAGCAGUCUCUUAUUUUUGUAAAAGGCGUCGAGGCACAAGCGCUCUUUAAUUUUUUGAUUAAUUGUAAAUCUGCGAUAGCUAUUACUGGAGCAUUGGCGGGAGUACCUCCUACACUUCUGGCUCCUGUCGCCUUUCAUGGCGCUACUCUCAAACCUCUUAAGGUCAGAGAAAGUAUAGUCAGAAUUGAGAAUGAUAAAUUUUAUUCAUUGGAAAUAAAUGGACCGAUAUUACCGCACGUACUACCGUCACUUUGUUUCCUUAUGAGAUCUAGUCAACUUGAGAAAUUUUCAGUGAGCUGCGCGCAAUUAAGUUCUACUAAAUCAUUUACAGAUGCGAAACACGGAUCAGAAUCGUCAACAGAAGACAAAGAAAAUGAAAACAAACCACAAAGUGUAUUUGGUAAAGAAAAUUUAAGUGACUGUGGUUUGACUGGUGAAUUAUUAUCUCACUUCUGCAACUCAGAUCGGACGCGCAUUAAAGUGGUUGAAAGUCUCAAGUACUCGAGUGAAGGAUACACUUGGUCGUGAUGUUGCUAAUAAUUAAUCAUAUUUUUCUACACCUCAUAUGUAAAAUAUUUCAUUUGAACAUUUAAAAAUACCGCGCGCACGUGAUAAUCGCGAACUACUCGUCUCUCCAUACUACUAAGUAGGUACUAGCGAUUUCUACCCUAAUUGCUGUAAGUUAUCGAUCGACUCGCCAACAAACGGUACGUUGUCUUGUACUUUAGGAUGUAAAAUUAAUUCUCUAUUUAUUUAACGAACGAUUCGAAUGAGUCAGGAACUCAAAAUUUUCUUUUGGACAUUAAGGGCAUUCUCAGACAGUGCCCCCACUUUUUAAAAAAAUACAAUAUGAC